AUGGCUCCCCUGACUAGGUCUGCUGCGUCUACGGGCACGACCCGCCGCUCUCAGGCUCCGCCCAAGCAACCCGAGAUUAUCAACAUUGACGAGGACGAAGGCGAGGACGAGGAUCUCAUGGAUGAAGAGGAAGAGGUCUUCGACGAUGAAGAAGAGGGUGAUUACGACGAAGAAGAGCACGAGAUGGAUGAGACCAUGGACGACGUCAACGGCGACGUCGUCUCGGAGACAGGACCCGCCUUCCCUGCAUCGGAGCGCAGUCUGAAAUCCGUCGUCAAUUUCUCCAGCAGAGCUCAAGAUUCCCCUAAGCUAUUUACAGCGUCGGGCGCGCAGGAAGUGCUACAGCCCCUUCGCCGAACGGCCGACCGUGUCACGCGCCAGAUCGAGGCCUUUGCCGACAAGCUUGAGCAGUUCAAACGCAAGAAUGCUACCGACGAGUUCCACAGCAUCCAGGCCGCCUACAAACUAGUUGAGAGCUACCGGGAUCUGGCGCAAAAUGCGAUACAGGACAUCAACAAAGAGCAGACUCUCCGACGCGCGAAGAUGGGUUUCCGAUCAAGUGGAGUGCAGGAUGCCAAGGCAGACGAGGAACUGCAGCGCUUGCAGCUCGAGGUCGACACCUGGCGCCUGCUCCUCAAUCUCAUCAGCAUCGACGACCCGGCCAGUCGGGCCAGCUUCAAGGAAGGACGCCAAUCCGCCUUCCAGAAUCUUCACCGAUACUCGACCGAUCGCGAAGUCUGGGAGGAAUUCUUGUCUGCAGAUCACUAUGCGCUCGAGUGCGUCAUCGCAAUGAAAUGGCUGGAGGAGACAUCGAAGACCGGCGAUCAGGAUCUCGACGGUCUAAUCUUGGACAUGGAGGCGCAGGCUGAAAGAGGCCAGGGACUGUGGGCCCACGGGUGGCUAUUCACCAAGGAAGCGAUCAAGGGCCACAAGCGCCUGCGUGCCUGGCCGCAACCUCUGGAGCCAAAUGACCCCGGUAUCACUCGCUCUCUCCUGAGCAACGACGAGCAGCGACCUCUCAUUACACAAUUGGACCCUGAUGCGCUUACCCGACAAAAGCAAGGCCUGCAGAGGCAGGACGAGUUCUACGAGCGUGCCACUUGGAUGGCCUGCUGGAAGAUGCUCCGACAAGGCGAGAACUGGACCACCAUUCGUGAAUGGGCCUCGAAUCGUCUUGAGAGCUGGCGCGCCGUGAGUCUUUGCGGGUCUAGUGUGGAUACGAAGAACACCCACACCCGGACUCCCGUUGAUGACGGCAUGACACGCUUGAUGAACAGCCGAUCCCAUGACUCGUGGCGCGGUGCUUGCGCUGCCCUGACGCGCAACCCGAAUACUGACGAUUUCCAACGGGCAGUUUACGCCCUUCUCUGCGGUGAGAGCGAACCCGCGGCGAAGGUCUGCCGCAGCUGGGAUGACUUCCUUUAUGUUUACUUCAACCGUGUUGUGCUCUCGCGCUACCAGGGAUUCUGCAAGCAGUUCCAGCGCAAGCUGAGCCAUUCGCCUACCACCCCAGUUGUGUUUCAGCCUGAGCCUGCUGGCCAUGCAGAUCUUCAAAAGUUCUUCCAGUAUCUACGAGGCAACGAGCAAGUGGGCGGUGAGGCACGGAAUCCGUUCCGUAACAUUCAAGCUGCGAUCCUAAGCAAGGGCUACGAUUCUUUCUUCUCGCUUAUUGCCCAGGCUAUCUCGCAAGUCAGUGCCAGACACCCUGAGAAGGCUUCCAUCAUUCCACCUAUGGUGCGUUCGCAAGUGGAUGAGGCAUAUCUCAUUGCUGCGGAUGAUGAGGAAUCCUUGAAAAUUGCAACGCACAUCUAUCUCAUUGUCAACUCAAUUGGCUACGUCCGCACUGAUACUCAGUUCCUUGAGACGACGUCGGUACUUGUGGCCGGGUACAUUGCCAAUCUGGAAAGCAAAGGCCUGUACGACCUGAUCCCGCUGUAUGCAUCUGUUCUGCCUCAGGAGAUGUCUCAUAGUGUUAUCUCAAGGAUCUUGAUCGAGAUCACCGAGCCUCGAGAAAAGAAGCAGCAGAUUCGCCUCAUGCAGAAGCACGGCGUCGAUAUUAAUGCCGUUCUUGAUGCCCAAUGGUCGUGGCUAAGCACUGGUGUUUCCUCGAUCGACUCCUCAGGGAAAGUUGCCGGAUACCCGCGAGUGGUCAAACGAGAGAAUGGAGUGCGUGUGUUGACGCCGCCCAAGAAGGACCUGAUUGGCACCUUCAUUGCGGAUGAAGACGAAAAGAUGAUUCGCAGUCUCGAGUGGCUUCGCUAUGUGGGCGGCCAGUGGCCCAAGAUUUGCAAGCUUGGUGCUUGGCUGUACCGCAAGUUCUUUGUUGCUGGUAAACUUGCGGCUGCUCGAGAGUUGAGUCACCGUAUGCGUUUGGCAGAGGUUUCCCAGGAAUCAUUUGGGUUCGACAUCUUCCAAUUCCCCGUGUUCGACCAUGUGGUGGCCGAAGACUCUGCGCCGUCUAGCCCAUCUAAGUCCAAGAGGAACAGUGGCCAUUUCCAUCGCCGAAGCCUCUCUGGCAAUGGCAAUGGGUCGGCACCUGUCGAGCCCGGUGACCACUCGCUUGCGUAUCAGCAGUGUAUUCGGAUGUACAAUCUAGAGACUCUGGCUCUCGGCUUCGAUGCCCUGGAGCAGUUUGCAAUUGUGUAUGACCAGAUCUCCAAAACCAAGCGGCGCCGUGAUUCUGGCACUGUGAACAACUAUCUUCAGGAAUUGGAGGAGCUUCUCCAGGAAGUCGAGAUGAACGUGGGACUCGUCGUUGACGAGUGGCUAAGCACAUCCAUCAAUGCCGAUGAAGAAGAAGACUACGCGUACAUUCGCAAAACCUACCUGCCUGAGUUGAUCCUCGAUUACCACAACGCCUUGUACUACGCAAGCCACUCUCUCGACAAGCCAACCCUGCUCACACAGUGCAUGACGGUGUCGAUCUGGGUCGCGAACGUCCCACACCUGACCCGCAGCUUCACAGAGGCGAAGCGCAUGGCCGAGCUUAUGGAUGCAUUGGCCCUGGCCAGUAAGGCAAUGGUUCUCACCGAUGAGGGAAGCGACCGCGUCUUCGAAAACGGUCAGACUCUGGGCAUCUGGAGGGUUAAGGUCCCCGAAGAUGAUGAGUCGAGUAUUCUUCAACGGGGCGAGUGA